CUAGGUGACAUAUAGUUAACUGGCCUCUUUUUCAUAAUAAAUUGAUAAAUAUUUCAAGUUCUGCACUUGCAACCACUAGCCAGCAAUUGUUUAAAUUAAAUGGAAAUAGCGAUUUCCCACUUUCAUUUUUAAAUUAAUUACAUAAUCUCGUCGUUUAAAUUGACUGUAUAACGUUUUAUCAUUGAGCCAUUCAUUGAAAAGUGGGUUAUUUAUAUUAUAUUAUUUACUAUUAGAUAAAUCGUCAUAAGAUAGCGAUGAAUUCAUCGAGUGAUAGAAAGAUGGACUUGUAAAUAGAAAUGAGGUACAGACAAUUAAAAGUGUUAUCUAUAUAGGUGAAGAGAAGAAUCGAAGAUGCAUAUGUGGAUGUGGUUCGGUUACGAUAUCGGCGAGUUCCUCUUCGCCGGGCUCACAAUAAAUACACGAUGGGCCUUCGCUAUUACAUGGGUCGUGCUUUUCUUCGUAGCUUUACUCUUUGAGGGCUCAAAGGUGUACCUAGCGGGAGUCCAGAAAGAAGCUCACAAGAAACUGUACCCGUAUCGUUCGGAUGAGAGACGAAAUCUGCUAUGUGAUCGGGAUCCAGGUAGUGCCAUGGAGCCAACGACUAGCCGCAACACCAGUUCCGGUCAAGUCAGUAGAUGGGCGUCAUUUCGUGUCAGAACGUUGGUGAACACGCACCAGACGACGGUGUUCGUGUUGCACAACGUGGUCGGCUACCUGCUCAUGCUCACCGUCAUGAUUUACAACGUGCAUCUCCUCUUGGCUGUGGUCUUCGGAAUGAUGCUCGGGUAUUUCCUUUUCGGGACGAAGUUAACCCGAUUACAGAUGCAGUGCUUCAGUACCAAGCGGCUGGUUAUUUGUACGCCGGAGUGCGACGACACAGCUGAAAACACUACUCCGCCACUUAUAGACUCGCCCGUUAGCUCAGAGUCCGAUUUGUUCAUAUGUCAAACGAGAACGUGUAUACAGCCAUCGCAUUAUUUCCCUGUCAGCACUUCACAAGAUGCAGGGGAAAGUAGUAACACUACAUGCCAUUAUGGCGCCAAAAAGUGUCCAUCAAAGGUUGCCAGGGCGAAAAAAAUAUUAGCUGGGACCAGACAGUGUCAUAAUAGUGGAAGUGAGAAGGAAGACAGUCCGACUGUCGAAGACACACAACUCUUGCGUAGUGAACAUGGAUGUUGUAAAAAACAAGAACAAAAAGAAGAAAAAUGCUGCAAAUCUAGUCAGAACACGACCGUUGUGAUCCACGAAACAGAGAGUAAUGACGACUGUUCUGAAACAAAAGUCGAAUUCAAAAGUAGAGAAGACAGUCCACAGAUUACGUGUUGCCAUAAUGCGAAAGCAGCGACGAGUGAAAGUCAGGAACAGAUAAUAAAGUGACGUCUAAUAGUUAUAUUGUGCUAUAAUUAGUUUUGUAUAGAGGCUUAUAGAUAUAUUUACAAGUUACUGAUAUGUUUGUACAGGUUUAUGUUUUUCAGUAUAUAGAAUUUUAUUUUAAGUUUUGUUUUUAACGAAAAUGAUUUGAAAUCAUAUUGUUAACGUUGUACAGAUUGCUCAAUGUAAACGCUAAUACAUGGCAAUAAUGUAAAGCAAUAAAUAUAUGUUCCAGUUAAUAUAAGUGUUUAGUUAAAAAUAAUGAACAAAUAUAUA